CUCGACAAGCAGCACCGCGACAUCCUCGGGCGUGCAGUCCGGAACGUGCUCGACACACGCCUGGCCCUGGAGACUGUGCCCAGAUCGUCGAUGGUCUGCCCCUCGCCAGCGUCGCCUUUGAUCAGUACCGCCUCGACCCGAGUCACCCAGUCUCCGAGCAUACGUCGCUAUGUCCAGGCGCCGAGGAAGCGGCACGGCAGUUCUUGUCUGGGCUUGCCAUUGAUACGCUGGAGUUUGAUGAUGAGCUGCUCCGCUCCUUUCAGUCUGCGGCCCCUCGCCGUCGCAGCUUCGAUUGCCGGCUCAUCGAGCUCGUGGCCGUGGCUGUUCACAAGUUGGCCGUCAUCUUAUUCAAACAGGGCCACCGUAUCCACGACAAGCAGCCCUGGGAGACGGCCUUUACUAUUGAUCGAGUGACCUCGUGGCAGUCGGAAGAGGAUCGGAUGCGUGGAUAUACACCACCCGGCCCAACGUUGUUCGCGCACUUCUCAUACUAUGCCAGCGACCAGUAUCCUGACGGGGUUGCCGACAUGAUCGGCUACUGGGCCGAGAACCGGAUUCUUGGAGGCGUCAUCGUCUUCGACCAACACGAGGCGUGGGACGACGAGCGCUCCGCGGAACCCAACGCAUGGAUUCACUCGGACCGCGACGGGGUCACCAUCAGGCUCUGCCAGCUGCUGGACGAGCAGCAGCGGGACCUAAUCGACUUCCUCCUCUCCGAGUCGCCAGCCGAUGCUUGCCCCUGUCCACUGUCGCCCUCGGCCAAGAACCUGACGCGUCUGGAUCCGAUGUUCGCCACCCAGGACGACGUGUUCAGAGACAUCUGGGAGCGUGAGCCGCCGAGCCUGUAUCCGAGGCGUGGACUGAAUGGCGUUGGCGGCUGUGUGCCCAGUCAAUUGGAUUAUCCGAGGGAUGACUUGGUGGGGGGUCGUAUAUCGAUCGCAGGCAGCCGAAGCAGUCAGUCAAGCCUGGCCUACUUGUAUAUCUCAGCGUUGGAGAGAUCGAUUAGGUCUAGUUAAUAUCUCUCGUUUUCACUUCUUGGUCUCUAUCUAGACUACCUCCGUCACAGCACAGUCUACGCACACAGUUCCUCUCGCCCGCUCCCUCCUUGGUUUUGAUCUUUCAAAGAUACCUGUGACCUAUCGUAGUGUUCUACAACUCUGGUCCUCAACCUCCCGUCAUGUAGGGGACACUAAGGAGCGGAAUGAGUACCCGGCGAUCAUCCUGUACAAUACUGUACAUAAGGUAUUGUGC